UUCUUUCUUAUAUUGUGCUUAUACUGUGCUUAUACUGUGCCCGAAGGUAGCCUUCAGAACACGAGAUACGAGGACGCAGCGCACGAUCGAGUCGCGAACGUUUCGCGUGAUACGCAAACUAGAUUUGACGGUCCUCGUGGCAGUUGCUCCGCAAAAAGAUCGAUCGGAUUAAACAAUUUACGAAAUAUUUAUGUGAAAACGCAAUCGUACACAUGGUCUCGGUGAUGCAGCCAUAUAUGGUGAGUUCGAUGGCGUAUUGGAUUUGGAUUCGUACGGGGCCUCCGGACAUCGAGAGUUCGAGGAGUUAUAUCGAUGAACUAUAUUCACCAGAUCCGCAGAAAUGUCUGGAGGCGAUUAUUUGCCUCAAGAAUUCGGUGAUUGGCAGCAACAGACAAAAGGGUUCGGUUAUAGCUCAGGGGGUGGUGCCUCGGCUUUUGCAACUGCUCGGAGAUACAUCUGGUACUAUAGGCGAUCGUGUAAGAUUAGAAUCUGCGGUAACGUUAGGCUCUUUAGCCAAAGGCACAGACCAGCACGUAUUGGCGCUUGUAGAUUUAGGUGUAGUUCCGUUGCUUCUUCAAGUCUUGCUUUCCGCGCCGAUUCCUGAGAUCUCUAUGGAUGGCAAGACGAAGGUAUUGGACCAAUUGAACGAAGCCUGUUUGCGAUGUCUACGUACAGUGUUCCAGCAUGCAGCAGCGCCAGUUCAUUCGAUUUACCAAGAUCCCGCAUUAGUACCACGAUUGUUGUCCUUAGCUAGUCGAUCGGUUACUUGUCAAGUCUGUGUCGCGACAAUUUUGACUACAGCAUGUAAGACAACAGAGGAACAAAACGCUCUAUCCAAAGGCGGAGCAGUAGAAACGUUAGCGAUGCAAUUGGAUUCCCCUCUGUCCGACAUUCAAUUACCAGCUCUGGCCUGCUUAGCAAAUAUGUGUUACCAGAAUCAUAUGGUAUCCGUUAUGGUCGCAUCAGCCAGCACAAACAAUACCGUCCAUGGUAGAUUGGUACCUGUGGCAUUAGGUCAAUUAAUGGGACGUGAAAAGAGCUCGUUGAUACAGCUCGAAGCGGCAAGAUGCAUCGCGUACAUGCAUAGAGCCGGCGCAUUGCCAUCUACCGAUCCGCGAGUGGUGUAUCGCGCAUUACCCUGUCUCGUUCGAUUAUGUCAUCGAGAUCGACCACCGCGCGAGAGAGUUGCCGCGGCCGAGACACUUGCGUAUCUUACCGAAGUUGAUACAGAUCUGCAACGUUUAGCAUCUAUCAGUAAUCAUCUGAUACCGACACUGGCAGAGUUACUAAGACCACAUCCACAAGUUCAGGAUGCAACAUUAACACAAGAUAUGCGACAAGCCGCGUUUAGAGCAUUCGCAUCUCUCGGUGCUAACGAUGAAGACAUUCGAAAGCGUAUUAUUGAAACAGAAAGUCUUAUGGAGCAAGUUGUCUCUGGUCUUCAGGAUCCCGGCGGAUCCCGCGUUCGUUUAGCCGCGGUUAGAUGUUUACACUCUCUUUCGAGGAGCGUGCAACAGCUUCGCACUACGUUUCAGGAUCAUGCAGUAUGGAGGCCGCUUAUGCAGUUAUUACAUGGAGCAGACAAGGGGUUGGAGGGUAGAGGCGAAGGUGAAGGUGAUUUAUUAACUGUUGCCUCGAGUACUUUAUGUAAUUUACUAUUGGAGUUUAGUCCGAGCAAAGAACCAAUUCUCGAAUCCGGGGGAGUGGAGUUGUUGUGUUCUCUCACUAAACGACCCGAAUCGGCACUCCGACUGAAUGGUAUUUGGGCCCUAAUGAACGUGGCUUUUCAAGCGGAGCAACGUGUAAAGUCGCAAAUACUCUCGUGCCUGGGCACCGAUCAGAUUUUUCGCCUUCUGGCCGAUCCAGAGUUGAGCGUAUUGAUGAAAACGCUGGGGCUGUUACGAAACUUGCUCUCUACUAAGGCUCACAUAGAUCGUAUAAUGGGCGAGCAUGCCACUCACGUCAUGCAAGCGGUUAUCUUAGUACUGGAAGAUCCGGAACAUCCAGCGGAUGUCAAGGAGCAAGCGCUUUGUAUUUUAGCAAAUGUCGCUGACGGUGACCGAGCUAGAGAUCACAUUAUGGCUAAUGAUGACGUGCUUAAGAAACUCAUGGAUUAUAUGAUGCAUAGCAAUGUGAAACUACAAGUCGCAGCGAUUUUCUGUGUAUGUAACCUAGUCUGGAGAGACGAACCCGGUUCUGCGCAACGGCAAGCACGUCUAAGAGAAUUAGGAAUUUAUCGUAUUUUGCAACAACUACGUCACACAAAAGAUACUCAAUUGUUGGACAAAGUCAAGACUGCCCUAGCGCAAUUUUACGAGCCUUGAAACAUAUUUCCGAUGAAGAUUAGAUUUCGGAUGAUUUCAAAGGUCUUUUUUAUAUUUGAAAUAUAUUACGACUUUAACAUUAAUACUGUGAUUACCUCGGUUGAUGAUGUAUAAGUAUUUGAAAGUUAUAAACAAGAUUGAACAAAUUGAUAUUUCUGAGCCUAUGCCUGUAACUCUGUCUGUAGUAUUUAUUUAAUUUAAUACAAAAAGGAAUGUGAAAAAAUAUAUACAAUUUCUUUUUCUUUAUUGAAAAAGAUGUGUUUGAUAUCUAUUAAUUUAAAAUAUUAGUUUACAAGCAGAGGCUUCAGAUGUUAUGGAUUGAUACGCAAUACGAAAAAAAGUUAAGAGAAUAAGUAAAAUCAUGGAAAAAAUUUGGAAUAAACAGAAAGUACAUAUAC